GAACAACAAUGCCCGUGAAACGUAUAAAACGGUCUUGUGACAUGCAGAUUGGAGUGUCAUUAGUGGGGGCCAGCUGUUCUUUACUAUCAACUUUUAACAAACGUUGCCAUAAUGAUCCGCUGUAUUAGCUUCUUGGCCUUGAUCGCCACGGCGAUGGCGCAAUCCUUCGGUACUUGCGGUAAGCCGACCAUGAGCCAGCCGGAUAUCAGCUUCACUGCCGGUUCCCGUAUCGUCGGUGGUCAGGAGGCUGCCGAAGGCGCGUGGCCCUUCAUUGUCGCCCUGCUGCUUGACAACGGCGAGGAGUACUAUCCCUCGCAGUUCUGCGGUGGUUCCAUCAUCCGCCGCCAAUGGAUCGCCACCGCCGGUCAUUGUCUGGCGGAUAUGGAGAACGACGAGAUCGUCCGCCGUGUCCGUGUCGUCAUUGGCGUGAACAACCUGGAAGACGCCAUGAGGAACACCAGCAAGGUUCUGCGCGUUGUCAAAGUGGUCAAGCAUCCGUCCUACGAUAAGCGCACCACCAACAACGACGUGGCCCUCCUCAAACUGGAGAAGCAACUCAACUUCGACUCCAAAGUACAGCCCAUCUGCCUGCCGACCCACGAUGCCCAUGACACCAGACUGGCCGCCAACGUCGACUACUCCACCGGUCGCAAGGCCUGCUUCGUCGCAGGAUGGGGCCUGCUCCGCGAACAAGAACAACUCGGAUCGCGUGCACCCGGCACCACGAUCGGAGGUGGUAGCAACCGUCUCAGCCAAGUGGCCGUCGAUAUGUUCACCGAUCGGGAAUGCACACAGUAUCUGGCUAAAGUCGGAAUCACAUACACCGACAAAAUGAUCUGCUUGGGAUUCCCGCAAGGCGGUGCUGACUCCUGCCAAGGUGACAGCGGUGGACCCCUGGUCUGCAAGGACAAGGACGGUCAUUGGGAAUUGUCCGGUAUCGUCUCCUACGGUGUGGGCUGUGCGCGCGCCAAUCUGCCCGGUGUGUACACCAACGUCUACAACCUGAAGAGCUUCAUCGAUUCCAACACCCUCAACUAGAUGUUUGACCUUUUCAGUCCAGGUCGCCAUAUCGACAAAUAAUUUUUUUCAGUUCAACCACUGCAUGAAAUAUCUCGAGAAAUAUGCGGUAUCAUGGUUAUUAGAAGGGGUCGGGUGGUUAUUUAACUGGUUUGGAAUUAUGACCUCGCAGAUUUUUUCACAUGUUCAAAGAUCCGCGAAAAUAAUCAAUAAAGGUUCACUUUA